AUGCCUCAUGCAGAGCCUUCUCCAAUCAAGCCGCCUUCGCGGGUGGUUGUCACAGGCGCGAACGGCUUCAUUGCGUCACAUGUGAUCAGCCAACUGCUGCUUUUGGGCUUCCAGGUGGUGGGCACGGUUCGCUCGCAGAAUAAGGCAGACGCAGUCAGAAAGACACAUGAACAACUAAGUCCUGAAUCCGCCAGGCUUCUGGAAACGGCCGUCGUGGAAAACAUCAUAAACCCUGAAGCAUACUCUGCGCUCUUCAACUCUUGCCAACCUGUGGCGAUCCUCCAUCUAGCCAGUCCGUUCGGAUACUCAGUAGACGAUCAUGAGCGUGACUUGAUGCAGCCAGCAGUAAGAGGUACUGAGGCCGUGCUCAAAGCCGCAGCGAAGACCCCUUCCGUUCGGAGGAUCAUUCACACUAAUAGCUUCGCCUGCAUCUACGAUGCCAGCCUUGGCCCUCGACCAGGACAUGUGUACACUUCCAAGCACUGGUGUCCAUUAACGUACGAGGAUGGGGUGAAGGCAGCAAAUGCUCCAAUAGCAUAUCGCGCAAGCAAGGCUGUAGCGGAGAAGACGGCGUGGGAAUUCAUGGUGGCGCCACAGUUCUCAGGUGGUUUCGAUCUCGUUAGCCUGUGCCCGGCCAUGGUCUUUGGCCCCUUUCUCGACACUCCGUUCUCAAUGCCACAUUCGUCAGAGGGCCUCAAUACCAGCAACAAGUUAGUCUGGGACGUCGUUUCUGCGGGUGAGCAGAUGGCUGUGCCACCCACGAAGGGACCAGUAUGGGUUGAUGUCCGCGAUGUGGCCGAAGCACACGUCAGAGCACUCACAAAUCCAUCAUUAGGUGGCAGGCGCAUGCUGCUGGCACAAGGCGUGUACUGUAGUCAGGAAAUCGCGGAUGUUGCAAGGGAAGUUGCACGAAAACACAGUCAUCGAAUUCCGAUUGGGUGCCCUGGAAAGCGCGAGGCCGAGACCCAUUUUGGUGUUGACUCAGGUGUGGAAGCCUCCGACCUAAGGAUCAAAUGGAGGAAUCUCUCAGAGACGCUCAGUGAUCUAUUACCCCAGUUGUACCGUAUUGAGAGCUCUUAG